AUGCCGAAACGAAGCCGCCCAGCCGCUGCGGUCCCAGCCUCAGAGGACAUGGCGCCUCCGCCGAAGAGAACCCCAAUUCCCUUGCCUCCCACGAAAGGCCCUAGGCGAAGGUCCUCAGCACGGGAUGCAACAAACGCCAGCACCAACCCUGACGUGAACGACGAAGUCAUUGAUGGUCCCAACGCCUUGCGAGCGUCGCCCGACAAUGCUGUCGACAGAAAGAUUGCGCCGUCGUUGGAACAAGCCGAGACAGAUUCGCCUUUGUCCGAUGUUUUGGACCACAAGACCGAACCCAAAAAACGUGGAAGAGGAAAGAAAAACGCCAAAGAUGUGGGCUCGACAGAAGAGCCGGUUGAGACGCCAAAGAAAGAAACAACCAAAGCUGAAGACGUAGGCGAAGAAGCUCUGAUGUUUGAUCAGGAAGCAGAAGACGAAGAAUUCCUAGAUGAAGAAGAGAUCAAAAAAGCUGUCUCCAGGCCACCGCCUGUGCACAGCGACUACCUUCCACUACCGUGGAAAGGUCGCUUAGGUUACGCCUGCUUGAACACCUACCUCCGCAAUGCCACGCCUCCAGUGUUCAGCUCCAGGACAUGUCGUAUCGCCUCCAUACUCGACCACCGACAUCCGCUGAAAGAUCCUAGUCAACCUGAACAUGCUACGAAAAACAGGCCCGACAAAGACCAACCAGCGGACAUUCAGCGCGGCCGGGACUUUGUAGAGAGCCUCGGACUAGCCAAUGCUCGCGAUAUCAUCAAAAUGGUGCGCUGGAACGACAAGUAUGGGAUCAAAUUCAUGCGGUUGAGCAGUGAGAUGUUUCCGUUUGCCAGCCAUGAAGAGUAUGGAUACAAGCUGGCCCCCUUCGCAUCUGAGACUCUUGCAGAGGCGGGAAAGGUCGUAGCAGAGCUCGGGCAUAGGGUCACCACGCAUCCCGGACAGUUCACCCAGCUCGGUUCUCCCCGCCAGUCAGUGAUUGAAAAUGCGAUCAGAGACCUUGAGUACCACGAUGAGAUGCUCAGCUUACUCAAGUUGCCUCCGCAACAGGACCGUGACGCGGUCAUGAUUUUGCACAUGGGCGGCACGUUUGGCGACAAGGCUGCAACUCUCGACCGAUUCCGUAAGAACUACGCCAGACUUACUCCUUCCAUAAAGAACCGCCUCGUACUUGAAAAUGACGACGUCAGCUGGACCGUCCACGAUUUGCUCCCAGUCUGCCAAGAGCUUAACAUACCCAUGGUCCUCGACUUCCACCACCAUAACAUACUCUUUGACGCCGACAAGACUCGCGAGGGUACUCUUGACAUCAUCAAUCUAUACCCCGAGAUAAAGGCCACGUGGACUCGCAAGGGUAUCACGCAGAAAAUGCACUAUUCUGAGCCUACCCCAGCAGCCGUCACUCCGACGCAACGUCGCAAACACAACCCUCGCCCGUUCACGCUGCCGCCGUGCGCGAACGACAUGGACCUCAUGAUUGAAGCCAAGGACAAGGAGCAGGCCGUCUUCGAGCUGAUGCGCAACUUCAAGCUGCCGGGCUGGGACACGUUCAACGACGUGAUCCCGCACGUUCGCCGCGACGAGAACAAGCCCGCUCGUCCGCCUGCGAAGAAGAAGGCUACGCCCAAAAAGAAGACUAAGAAGGCGGCUGACGGCGAUGAUAUCGUUGAAGCGGCUGCCGAAGACUUGGAAGAGGCGGCUCCGCCGCCCGUCGUUCCUGAGGAGGAACUGGGCAUGGGCGGUCCGGAUCGUCGCGUGUACUGGCCACCAGGUAUGGAGGAGUGGCUGCGGCCGGUGAAGAGGGUGGUGAAGAAGAAAGAAGACGGCGAGAAGGCGACGCCGGCCAAGACGAAGAAGAAAGCUGCUGCUACUGCCGAUGCCGCCGCUUCUGCCGCCGCCGGCGAGGAGGCGCAGGAUGAAGUCGCUGGAAGUGCCUCGAAGAAGAAGGCUGCGCCGAAGAAGGCGGCCCCGAAGAAGGCGGCCCCGAAAAAGGCUGCUUCUGGGAAGGGGCCAAAGGCGGUCGAAAGUGUGCCCACGCCGUCGACAUCUGAAGGGGAGGAUGAGCCGGCAGAUAUGCCGGACUUGGAUGAUGACGACGAGGAAGCUGUUGUGACGGGUAAAGGUGCAAGGCGGGGCGCACGGAGCAGUGGUAGGGUGGGUAGGGCAAAGGUAAAUUAUAACGAAGAGAUGUCUGAAUAG